AUGUCCCAUAAAAAUCCACGUACGGGCAAUUCACAAUCGUCAACAAUUGUAAUAAAGCUCGGAACGUCAUCAAUAUGUGAUGAAGAAACCAAUUUGCCUUUAUUAUCAAAUCUUUCACUUAUGGUUGAAACCGUUGUAAAACUUAGGUCUUUAGGUAAUAGGGUGGUUUUGGUUACAAGUGGAGCUAUUGGUGUUGGCUUAAGAAGGUUAAAUAAGGAUAAAAAACCUAAAAAAUUAUCCGCGAUUCAGGCACUUGCCGCGGUUGGUCAAGGAAGAUUAAUGAGAAUGUAUGAUGACCUUUUUAGUCAACUCAAUCAACCGAUUGCGCAAAUACUAUUGACUCGUCAUGAUCUUGCUGAUCGAACUCAAUACCUUAACGCUGUCAACACCUUUUCUGAAUUAUUGUCAAUGGGUGUUGUCCCGAUUGUCAAUGAAAAUGAUACCAUUUCCGUGAGCGAAAUUCGAUUUGGAGAUAAUGAUACCUUAUCAGCUAUAACAGCUGGAAUGGUGAAUGCAGACUAUUUGUUCUUGAUGACUGAUGUUGAUUGUCUAUACACGGACAACCCAAGAACAAAUCCUGAUGUAAAGCCUGUUGAGGUGGUUGAAGAUGUGGGAGCGUUAAAAGAUCAAGUUACGGUUUCGUCGCCUGGAAGUUCAUUAGGAACUGGAGGAAUGGUAACAAAGCUUAUAGCAGCAGAUCUUGCAACAGCUGCUGGAGUCACAACGAUCAUAACUCGCGGAUCAACACCAAAAAAUAUCAUUUCAAUCAUAGCAAAUUUAUCAAACGUAGAUGAUCAAAAUUUGGUUUCGUAUAAAAAUCCUUCAUUAAUCCCCCUCCAUACACGAUUUUUAGCAAAAAAUAAUCCAAUGAUGGAUAAAAAGUGGUGGAUAUUACACGGGUUACAUACAGGUGGUACUGUAUUUAUUGAUGAAGGUGCUGUAAAAGCUAUAACGAAAGCUGGACAAAAGAGUAGUUUAUUUGCUGCCGGUAUUGUGAAAUGUGAAGGAAAUUUCGUGACUCAUCAAGCUGUCAAAUUAAUAUUUGAAAAAUUUCAUGUUAAUGAGAAUGGUGAAGAAAUUCCUGAAUUGAUUACAGUCGGAAAAGGUUUGGUGAAUUAUUCUUCAACGGAAAUUUCCAGGAUUAAAGGUUGUAAAAGUAAUGAAAUUGAAAAGAAGUUGGGUUAUGCCGAUUCCGAAUGUGUUAUUCAUAGAGACAAUUUAGUCGUUAUUUUGAAAGAUCCUGAAUAUUAG